GCCGCCGCCGCGCGCCCGCCCGCGCAGCCGCGGCUCCAGUCGACUCCGAUACUCUAGAUCGCGGUCCAUGUCUCGUGGUCGCCUGCGCAGGUCGCCCUGGUCACCACGGCGUCGUCGGACCCGCGAGAGAACUUUGUCAUUGACGCGGUCUCCCUCCCCUCGGCGACGUCACCGCUCGCCGCUGCGAUACCGCUCGCCGCUGCGCUCGCCCGGGCCGCGCUCGCUGCCGCGCUCGCCGCCGCCGCGCUCGUUGCCGCGCUCGCCUCCGCGCACGCCGCCUCGCUCGCCGCACCGCUCGCCGCUACACCGCUCGCCGAGGCGCUCGGCGCUACGCUCGCCUCCGCCACGACUGUCACCGCAUCGGUACGCUGGAGUAUACGACGAAAUGUUGUCGCCGCCUCCUCGUAGUGUUGAGCCGCCUUACGGAUCCAGAUACGGUUCUAGAGGUAAUGUACCUCCUUCGAUGUAUCCACCAAUGGGUGUGAAACCUUUACUUCCCAUGGAUAAUGGUCCAGGCCUUGAAGGACCUCCUGGGUAUCGUGGACGUUACGAUCCACCACCAUUUGAAGAUAUUCCCCCUGGCGUGGAACCCCCGGUACCUGGAUUUGAACCUUCGCCUUUUGAAAAGCCACCUGGUCUCAUGGAUAGAGAGCGGUUACCACCCCCUAAUUUUAGAGAUAACUAUAGACCUUCACCGUACAUUGAAGGCCCAGGUACUUUUAGAGAAUUGCCCAUACCUAAUGCUCAAAGUGAAAUUCCAGUCCACGUAGGUGAACAACGUUAUCGUGACAAUUUCAGACCAUACCGUGAUCAAGGAAUACCAUUUCGAGACGGACAGCCGUUUAGGGAGCCCGGUGCCCAAGGGCCCCCGUAUCGCGAUGGUAAUUUCAGAGGUGCCGGACCACCUUUUCGUGACAACUACAGAAAUCUUCCGUAUAGAGAAGGUGUUUAUCGAGAAAAUCCUCCACAUAACUUUCGUGAAGGAACUGCUCCAUUUAGACCGCCUAGUGCUGAUCCCAGAGAUCAAGUACCACCGAAUUACCAUGACCCUAAUUUCCGCGAUGCAUAUAGAGAUGAAAAUAAUGUUGUUAGAGACAACAAUAUGCGACCAGGUUAUCGGCCUGGUAUUCGUAAUAGAGUUGGAGCUAGGCGUAAUCCUAACGCUGAACAUGAGAGACAUAGGGAAAGAGACGGCCGGGAACGUGAACGUUUCCCUGAAAAUCGAGACCCAGAUAGGCCAAGAGAAUUAGAAAAGAGGUCUGCGUAUGAUAAGUCUCGCGAAGGUCGUGAAGGCCGUGAGCCACGUGACAGCCGUGAACCACGCGAAGGACGUGAGCCUCGUGAAGGACGUGAACCGAGAGAGAGGGAAGGCCGUGAGCCGCGUGAAGGACGUGAACCACGCGAGAGAGAGGGGCGUGAAGACCGUAUACGGGAAUAUGAAAGAAGUCGCGAUUAUGAUAAAGAAAGGGAACGUGAACAUGAAAGGUCAACCCCUGACAAGAAAAGUCGUACAUCUCCAAAACGUAGCAGAGAAGCACGAGAUAAAAAACGCAGUGAGUCGCGAGGAAGGUCUCGUGAUAGAGAUAGUCGACGUGAAAAGAGGGAAGACAAAACUCGCGAUAAAUCUGCAGACAGAACAAAAGAACAUAAAGAAAAAGAGAAGAAGAUAAAAGAUAGAAAGAAGAAAAAGAGAGAAAAAGAAAAAGAAGUGGAAAAGAAGAAGAAAAAGGAAAAGAAAGAGAAGAAAGAUAAAGAUGUUAUUAAGAAAGAAAGCGAUGAGACCGCUGAAGAUAAAACAAACUCUGAAUCUAAAAAUCAAGAAGAUGUAAGCAGUGAGAAACAAACAAUGUCUUCUCCAAUAGACAAUUCUCAGAAUGAAGAACAAACAACGGAAGUAAAAUCUCCUGCCAUUACAUCUGACGAUAAACCGGAAAAUGAUCUUUAUGGCGAUGAAGCAGCUGAAGCUGUAGAUAAAGAAAUUAUACAAAAUUAUGUCAAGGUGGAAGAAAAUGUGGAAGUAAGUGACACUAAAGAGAUAAACGACACAAGUGAAAAACAAGAAGAACCUUUUGAUGGGAUAGAACUGCAAGCUAAUACAGAUGAGUUAGACUUGAAAUUAGAGGUUGAAACGAACAAUCCCAGUAAAGAAAUGUUAGCACCCUUACCUGAGCUAUCUAAAUGGGAAGUGGACGAUGACAACGUUGAGAAAUCCAAAGAACCAGGUGAGAUAUCUUCUCCUGAAGUAGACGAUGACGGUAACAAAGUUACAUCAGAUGUAAUCAAAAGAGCAGAAAAUGCUAUAUUUGCUAAAGCUAUUAACUCGUUAAGACCUAUAGAAAUUAAGAAAAUUAGCAGCGAGCGUCUCAAAUUAUAUGGUGACGAACAAUCUAAGGGAACUAUGAAUAACAUUCAAAUUACAGUUCCAGUGACUGAUGCUGAUCAAAGAUCUAUUGAGAUAAAUGAUAAGAAAACGAGAUCGUCUAAAACUCCACCGCCUCGGCUUUCCGUUAAAGACCGUCUUGGCGGAAAAGUUGAAGAUGUAAGAAAACACCGUGAAUCCCGUGUUGUGCACAGCACUGUAGAAAGAGUGAAAUCACGGUCUAAGACCCCCAAAAAGGAGCAAUCGUAUCGUAGGGUGACGGUUGAAAAUGAAAGGGGUCGUAAAAAGGACGCAUUUAGUAGACUUGAUUCGUCUAAACCCGAUCGACGCAAUGUGUCAGAGAGUGGUAAAUCAGUAGUUAAAGGAAGCCGAAGUCCUGUUACAGAAGCCCUUAAAAAAGAUUCUGAUAAAAAUUUGAAAGAAGAAAAAGGACAUCAUUCAGAAUCCCGUGCUCGACAUCACGAUAAGGACAGAUCCGGAGAUGGUAAAAAUCAGAACUCUGAACAUGAACGUAAAAAGUCGACGUUGGACGAAGCCCAUUUUGAACCUGACUAUGACGAGCAUUUAGAGUUUGAUAAUGAAGCUAAAGAUGAUUCCAUCUCGAAAAAAAGAGACCGUUCUGGUUCUCCCAUAGGAGGACCUACAGAAUCAAAAAAAGCAAAGCUAGAGAACGAAACUAUAAAAUUAGACUUGGCUAAUGUCAAAAAGAAACCUGACACUGAUAGUGAGUCUUCUAGUGAGUCGGAAUAUUCCUCAUCAUCAUCUUCUUCAGAUGCCCGCAAAAAGAAGAAGAAAAAGAAAAGAAAUAAAAAGAAAAAGAAACGAGCAGCUAGUGAGAGCAAUAGCGACUCUGAAUCGAGCUCCGAUGACCAUAAGAAAAAGAAAAAGAGGCGUAAGCAUAAGAAAAAGUCUAGCAAGAAGAAGAAGAAAUCUAAACAUAAAUAAGAGGACCAUUACGCUUGCAGGACAACAGUUCUAUAUUUUUUUUUAGCUUUAGUGGAGGUAUAAAUAUUAAUUUACUUCAAAUAUCUUUUUAUUUCUUGAAUAUUAUAGCUUAUUAGAAAUCUAAGGGCAUUGUAACGUGUUCUUUAUUAUGGAAUAUACUUUUAUGUGUAGUGUAAAACUUAAAUAAACUUGAAACGACAA